AUGCCCAAGUACUGCCGCCCUCCGAACUGCUCCAACACCGCGGGCCGGCUGGGUGUGGACAACCGCCCUGUGAGCUUCUACCAGUUCCCAUUGAAGGAUGGACCCCGGCUGCAGGCCUGGCUGCGCCACAUGGGCCGUGAUUACUGGGUACCCAGCUGCCACCAGCACCUGUGCAGUGAGCACUUCACACCCUCCUGCUUCCAGUGGUGCUGUGGGGUGCGCUAUCUGCGCCCCGAUGCGGUGCCUUCCAUCUUCUCUGGGGCACCCCCGGCCCAGAGACUGAGGAAUUCCGGGAACCCCCAGAAGUCCAAGGUGCUCCCACCGCCUCCGCAGGAAGCCCCACACCCUGCCGGCCCGGCCCCUGAGGCCGCCAUACACUUGGUGCUGCUGGAGCCGGCGCCUGCAGACCCGGAGACCCCCGCGGGCCGGGCGCCGCUGGCUCCCGAAGGAGCCGUCCCCACCCCGUUCUCCCGGGCCCGGCUGGGCGCGGCGCUGGGAGCUCUGCGGCGGAGGGUGCGGCGGCUGCAGCGGCGGCGCCAGGCGCGGCACCGGGAGCAGCUUCGGACCUUGGAACAUCUGGCGCAACAGCUGCGCGGGCGAGCCUGCGGGCCCCCCGCGCAAGAGCUGCGCGCGCUUCUCCGACCUGAGGAGUCUCAAGUCUUCACCAUCAUCUGUGGAUGGUUCAAAAUAGCUGUAGUCCUCAGCCAGGGCCCCAUGACCCCCACUCUGGAUGCCAAACCUGAGCUUCUGGACUGCGAGACCCCUGGUGCAUAG